AUGCUCAACGUUAUGGAUUUUUCCUGCUCGGAUCCUCUUUACUCCAAAUACGAGGAAAGCUGCGAGCUGAAACCCGGGGACCUGCAAGGCUUGGGGCAGGCUGAACAGCAACUCCUGGCAGAAGGCGAUUUCCUCGGAGGUGAGGUGCUGGGCACCCCGAUGAGCGGUGGGGCUGUGGAUUACUCCCUGCUGGGCAGCCAACCCUCCCCUUCGCUCAGCUACACCGGCAGCUUCUUCAUCAAAGCGGUACCGGAGCAUCCCCAGGACCAGGAAUCCCUCUUCAACCUGAUGUCAGGGAUCCUGGGCAUCUCCCCCUUCGCCUCCUCCGAGGGCCACCAAAGGCAUCUGGAUGCUCUUUAUCCAUGUCCCGAUGUGGCUCAGGGACAGCUGGACCUUUAUCCUAACUGCCAGCCGGAAAUGAACGGAUCCUCCCAAACCCCAUUCCCGGAGCAGGGCUAUGGCACCUUCCCCGCUCCGGAUGCUGCUCAACCCCUCCAGGCACAGCCUACAUUGGGAAACACCUCCCAGUGCUUCUUCCAACCCAAGCUCCUGGACAGCAAGCAGGACAUCAAGCUGCCCUCUGGCUCCCCACCUCUGGACAAGUUUAAAGCCUCCUGCACCCAGUGGGAGCCCAUCACCCAGCAUCAGGCCUACUUACCCUCUGGUUACCCAUCUCCCGAAGCAUUCCCAGCCGGAGACAGCAGCCAGGGGCUAUUCCAUCCAUUGGGCUCCAAGAUGGAGAGCGUCUUGUCCGUGAGCUGCCAGUCGGAGCUCGGCAGCCUGGCAGAGGAUGCUCCCUGCUUCGGGACCCAUCUGGGCUUCAGCUGCGAGCCAGAGAACUUCCCAUCCGACACCAAGAUCCACAACCUCCCUCCUCCAUUGAUCCCGGAAUUCGAUGCCUCCUUAACCCAGCCUGAAGUCCUCCCGGGGCUGAUGAGCUCCACUGAGCUCCUCCAUCCUCAUCCCUCUCCCUCCAUCCCCACCACGGACUUUUUGGGCCACGCCACCUCUUCCUCCAUCCCUUCCCUGCUUCCCACCCCUGCUCCCACCUUGGCCGAGCCCAAGAAGAAGACUCGCCGCACCAAGUGCUCUUCCAAGUGCUUCUGCCCUAAGCCCCAUGAGAAGGCAUUCGCCUGCCCCGUGGAGAACUGCAUCCGGAGCUUCGCCCGCUCGGACGAGCUCAACAGGCACCUCCGCAUCCACACGGGACACAAACCCUUCCAGUGCCGCAUCUGCCUGCGGAACUUCAGCCGCAGCGACCACCUCACCACCCACAUCCGCACCCACACGGGUGAGAAGCCCUUCUCCUGUGAUACCUGUGGGCGCAGAUUCGCCCGCAGUGAUGAGAAGAAGAGGCACAGCAAAGUGCACCUCAAGCAGAAAGCUCGCACCGAGGAGAAGCUCAAGGGGUUGGGGUUCUUCUCUGUGGGGCUCUCCUUCGGGACGCUCUGAAGGCAUCGGGAUGUGGAGCUUCCCGAUGUUCCCCCGAGCAUCUCAUGGGAGAGCCAGGGCUGGGAGCAUCCUCCUGGAGAAGAGGAUGGUGCAGGAUCGGGCCCGUGUUGGGAUGGAGAGGGGUGUGAGGGAGGUGGAUGUGGUGCCACGGUGCUGGACCAAUGCGGGAUGCUGCAGCUCCGGUUGGCCCGGAGCCAUCUCCAAACUGCAGGGACUGAGUUGUUUUUAUAGCUCCUAUUCCAAGGAGGGGGAAUGAAGACCCAUGGACAGAAAGGAAUGGGGUUUGUACCCCCGGACCCAUGGACAAUGUGUUUGUAGCGACCUGACCGGGGUUCCCCCUGCCAGCACUUUAUAGGAUGCUCCUGAUGGGUUAUGUACCACCCGAAGGAGGGAGAUGCCAGCAGGCUCCAGCAGCCGGUGCCUGAUGGUCCCUUUGGAAAGGUGAUGUCAUUAUCAUGAUUAUUAUUGCUGUUAUUAUUAUCCUGUUUGUAAAUGGGGAAAAAGCCUCUAUUGGGAUGAGAAAAUCCUGUCUAUUUUUCUAAUUAAAGAUCUGAGCUGAUCCAAGA